GUGAGAAACCAUACCAAUGUCAAGUCUGUACGAAAGGAUUCACUUGCAGCAAGCAAUUGAAAGUCCACAUGAGGACCCACACAGGUGAAAAACCCUACAAAUGUAACAUAUGUGGAAAGGCAUUUGGUUACAACCAUGUCUUAAAGCUUCAUCAGGUUUCCCACUUUGGAGAAAAGAUUUACAAAUGUACCUUGUGCAAGGAAACGUUCAACUCUAAAAAGAAGUUGGAGAUGCAUAUUCGUACUCAUGAAGAGCCACCACAACAAAAAGAUUUGCCUGUGGACGAGCUUCAAGUCCAGAGAGACACCGGGCCGCAAUAUAUCCCACCAUAUCCUCAACAAUUGCUUCAAAGCCCGAAGCAGCAGCAGCAAGUCCCAUAUCAACUAAGCAAUAGCUACAAUCAGCAACCACCUCAUGAUCGAUAUUUUAUGGGGAAGCCUGUCCAAAGGUUUCCCAUUGUCAACCCCGGGCAGAACGAAAUUCAAAGCCCGUUUGUUGCUCAGUCCAAUAACCCCAUGUUCAUUAGGUCCAGGCUCCACAAUCAAGGACGAUUCUUACACACCUAUGAGAAUACACUACACUAUCCUAUGGAUAAUGAGUGUGUGGCUUCGCCACACUCCACCGGCUAUUACAAUGGCCCGCACCAAUUCUUACCCGCCCUUGGGCAAGAGAGCAACUCCCCUCCGCCUGACCAAAUAACCAAAAAAGGUCGGUCUUCGUCAGUUCACAGUUGGGCUGAUAGCGGAUUCAACAGCUCCCCAGGAGAUUUAGACUCCGAUUUAGACAGCAAACGCUCCUCUCCGCUUCAAAGCGGUUCUCCAAUUGCCUGCAUACCGAUUGAACGACUCAAAGAACACUACCAUAAUCAUGGCGAACGGCAGAACAGGGUUCAGGACUUUGGGGCCUCUGCCUCUUCGCCAACCGGCAAUUCCUUGCGCUCCUUUAGAAUUCAAAGGCCUUCAGAAUUGAAAACGCCCAAACGCCCAACACCGAUAGAGAGCCCUGUCUCAGCUCACAAUAAGUAUGAAGACUCAAGGGGGAAUGAUCUCACUCGGGCCGAAUUAAUUUCUUACCUCCAACAAUAUGGCUUCUUCAAAAGGCUGAAUGACGAAGAAAAAAGCGAGGAAGAUCCAGCCGAGGUGAUCAAACUAGAGCCCUCUUCUCCGCCACCGGAUGAGGAAGGUGAACCUCUAGAACUGGAGAUCCUUCCCACACCUGUUGUCCUCAAUAUCAAACCAGAACCAAUGCCUGUUCGAGAUCCUCAAACAUGUUCGCUACCCUUUCGGAAGAGGAAAUACGCUUUGGCACAAGCAUAAGCCUACCUAACGCAACACUGUAGCGAGCUUGAACUAGCUUGUCGGGUGUUUGGCUGAAUGCUCUGACCUCUUCCGACUUUUCAUUUAUUUAAUUGUGCUCAUGGUUACAUCUGUGAUAAAUCUUAUUGAGUGCGUGUGUCUAGAAUUCAUAUCUAACUUACACAUAGUGGUAUAUCUUAUCAAAAGUCGUAAAAUAUUUUGUGAAACACCCAAGUUGAAGCCAUUGUGUAUUUAAAAAAAUGUUUUCAUUCCAUCUGUGUGUUAAAAAAGAGAAAAAAACUACCCAAUAAAUGUGAUCACAAAAAAUCAACAACAACAAAAUACAUUCUAGAUCCUAUCAAUCUCGUUUGUUUGGACUCUUCUUAU